CCCCCCCCUCUUCAUCCCCCCCGAAGGCAGCAGCGAAGAUGUCGGAGGUGCGGCUGCCUCCGGUGCGGCCGCUGGAGGAUUUCUUGCUGGGCUCGUCCCGCUUGGCUCCGCCGGACCUGCGGGAUCUGCAGCGCUGGCACAAUCGGGUGGUCAACAACCUCCUCUACUACCAGAGCAACUACCUGCUGGGGCUGGCCGCCGGGCUCCUGCUGGGCGGGUACUUCCGGUUCCUCCUGACCCUGCUGAGCAGCGCGCUGGUCACUCUCAUCUUCUUGGGCUUUGUCUGGGCUGCGGAGAACAAGGCCCCCGUGCGGCGCUUCCGGCGGAACUAUCCUGGCACCUGCGUCUUGGCUGUCCUCGGCUCCGCGUACUUUCUGGUGUCUCUCUUUGACGGUUCCGCUGUCUUCCUGGUUUUCAUUGCUCUGCCCAUAGCACUGAUCCUCAUCCAUGCUUCACUGCGCCUCCGCAAUCUCAAGAACAAGAUCGAGAACAAGAUGGAGAGCAUCGGCUUGAAGCGGACGCCCAUGGGAUUUCUCCUGGAAGCUCUCGGGCAGGAACAGGAAGCCGGAUCCUAAGCGCCAUCGCCUCGUUUCUGCCUCCAGAAAUGUCCCCUUCCCCACUGUUGACUGUCAGCAUUUCCCCCACCCUGUUGCUGCCUGUUCACUUAACCCAAUCUAGCGGUUUGGUGAUGAGCUUAUGUAAAAUACGCCCAGUCCUCUUGGCUUCUCGCGAUUAACCAGCGGAACUUCCCGACCCGAAGUGCAGACAGUGAGACUUAAUAGCAGAGCAAAAGGGGUGGGCAGCAUUUGUAUCAGACA